AACACCGAAGUCGUAGAGAAUUGACACUCUCACAGCUAGAGGUCCUCAAGCACCCUAAUCUCCACCUCCCGCACUUUCUGCGCUCUUUCUUCUCUCUGACCAGGUUUCUCUCUCCGCCGUACCAACAGCACCACAAAUGGCCCAAGCUCCACCUCACUCGCCGCCGCGAUCGGUCUCCGACACCGAGACAGACACGGAGGAGGCCCCGCAGGAGUACUGGUGCUACCACUGCAACAAGCGCGUCUCCGUCGAGACCGUCCCCGACGUCGUUUGCUACGAGUGUAAGAACGGCUUUGUUGAAUCCAUCCCCCACUCCGAUCCUCUCUCCCGUCCCUCCGAUCAGGCCGACGACGACCCCACCUUCGGCUCCCCCUUCCUCCAGGUCCUCCGGCUGAUCGCGCAGGCGGCGGGUGACGAGGACGCGCCGCCGCCCCUGCCUCAGAACCCCACCCCGGAGGAGGAUUUCCUCAGGAUUGAGCUCGACGGCUGGGACAACGACGAGGACGCGCACAGCGUCGAGUUCCACAACGGCGGCGGCGUGGAAAACGAGGAGGCUGAAGAGGCGGAGGAGGAAGAAGAAGAAGAAGAAGAAGAAGAGGAGGACAGAUCGGAUCGAGAUGAGGAGGAGGAGGAGAGAGAGAAUCAAGGAGACGACCAAGAGAGAGACGAAGAAGGCCUCCGAAGACGUCGCCGCAAUGUUCUCCGUCUCCGCAUCCGAGACAUUGCGGCCCGGUCCCGAAGUGGCCGCAACCGGAUUCUGGAUUGGGCCGAGAUCCUGAUGGGCCUGGAGGACAACUCCAUCGAGCUACGCUUCGAGAUGCCCGAGUCGGAUCGUUACGUUGGCAAUCCCGAGGAUUACGUCGACGCAGCUGGCUACGAAGCUUUGCUUCAGACCUUAGCUGAGAGCGAUGGCAGUGGAAGGAGAGGAGCUCCGCCGGCUUCGAAAGCCGCCGUGGCGGAAUUACCGGCGGUGGAUGAGGCUGUGGUGUGUGCCAUAUGCAAGGAUGUGGCUAAUGUUGAUGAAAUGUCUAAGAAGCUGCCGUGCGGGCAUGGCUAUCAUGGUGACUGCAUUGUGCCGUGGCUGAGCUCGAGGAAUUCGUGCCCGGUUUGCCGGUAUGAGCUGCCGACCGAUGAUCCUGAGUACGAGGAGGAGAGGAAGAAGCAAGCUGGCAAUGCGAGUGCCGGAGCUUCGGGGUCCGGUGGAGAUAAUGCAGUCUCCGGCUGAAGCGAAUUGGUAUAAUAAUCUUAUGCAUUGCCCCCUCUUUUACUUUUGUUCUUUCUAAUUUGUAAUCUAUUUAUGUUGUUUUUGGUUGCUUAUUAGUUGAUAGUUGAUUCGAAGAAGAAAUUGAGAUUGUUUUUAUCUACCUUCAUUUUCUUCUGAAUGUAAAUAUCAUUUCAACUCAACUGUUGCUGGUGUUUGUUCUUGUUUAAACUCAUUUAGUAUAAUCCUUAUAGAACACCCAGCAAGCUACGUAGAGAUAUAAAAUCUGGGCUCCUGCUUGGCUGUUUUAA